AAUUAUUGUAUAAGCAAGGAUUUUUAAAUCCAAUACCAUCUAAUUUCAAAAAUCAUACCGCAACUUUUUGGGAAAGUUUUCGUCAAACGUUAGAUAAAAACAAGCAUGAAUUUAAUGGAAAAACACGAAUACUAUCGGUUAGG